AUGCUACAACCCGUCGUUUAUACCUUCAAUGACAUCUCCAUUCCGCCCACCUUCCUGGCCGAUCCGCCGCUGACGGCGAUAACAACCAAACACAUUGAUUUCGCCUCGUCUCCCUUGCCAAAGAAUGCAGGGCGCAUUGCUCUCGUCCUCGAAAAUGUCCUCUCAAAAGAGGAGUGUCAGGAGCUUCUCCGCCUCGCCGAAGCCUCUGUUCCGGUAGGGAAUGGUGAGUCGCCGUGGAGACCUGCACUGGUCAGCGCGGGUCCGGGACUAGAAGGGCCAGCGCCAGGUUAUAGAGAGAGUGACAGGAUUAUUUGGGAUCAGCAACAAGUGGUGGAUCUUCUCUGGGCACGGUGUUCUCAGGCGGAGGGUCUGAAGGAGCUCCUUGCAACAGUCCCUGGUGGGCCGAGAUGUGGAAAGGGGCACUGGCAAUUUAGGAGAUUCAAUAAUCGGAUGAGAUUCCUGAAGUACUCCCCAGGGCAGUUCUUCAAGCCUCACGUUGAUGGGCCCUAUUGGUACGAAAACGAGCAGGGUACCUUUGAGACACAAUACACAGUGCACCUUUACCUGAACGAUUCAGUCGAGGCGGAUCCAAACUCUACGCUCGUGGGUGGCGCAACUUCAUUUCUAUCGUGGGAUCGGGAGAAGCGUUUGGAUGUGAACCCGAGAGCGGGGAGUGUCUUGAUCUUCCAGCAUUCGGUGGGUUCCGGAGACAUAAGGGUUCUAGCCCUCAAGGUUGACCCUUAG